GUUGUCUGCCUGAACUCUCACCCUGGUGGUCGGGAAAUGUCAAAGAGAGGCCCGUGCCGCAGCAAGGGGGCGUUACGGGGGGGUAAAAAAACAAUUGCCUUUAUUGUUAUAUUUGCACGCACUUCAUUUUUUCUUAGUCUCGCCACUAAUACAAGCAUCAAAAACGACCACCACGCCGACCGCCAAAUCCUACGGUGUAGCAGCCUCCGUCGCAAUCAUUGCCAAACAUGAGAAAUGAAACUUUUGUGCACUGGGACUGGAUGCUCUUAUCAGCACACCCCAUUUCCGCCAUGACACCCAGCAGAGGAUUCUGGGAUUGACGCAAGCAUCACUCCCACUGAUGGCCUGGACCAGGUUUCAGCUGGCCUGCUGAAGCUAUGGGGAGCUGCUGGAGCUGUCUAUACAGAGACACUAUCCAAGACAACCAUCUCAACAAAUUCAAGGUGACUAAUGUUGACGAUGAGGGAAAUGAGUUGGGUUCAGGAACAAUGGAGCUCACACAGACAGAGCUCAUUCUGCACACACGCAAACGUGAUGCCAUCCGGUGGCCGUACCUCUGCCUGCGCCGCUACGGUUAUGAUUCCAACCUCUUCUCUUUCGAGAGUGGCCGCCGUUGCCAGACGGGACAAGGGAUCUUUGCAUUCAAGUGCUCUCGUGCAGAAGAGAUCUUUAACCUGCUGCAGGAGUUGAUGCAGUGUAACAGCAUCAACGUGGUGGAGGAGCCCAUGAUCAUGACCCGGCCCGGGCAUGCACCAGAGAUGGACAUGCCUCGAACUCCACAGACACCCAAUACCCCUGGAUUCCCGAUGCAGGGUUUUCCUAAUGGAUACCCAGGAUACCCAAUCAGUGCAGACUCAUCACAGCCCUCUCUCGCCAACGAUCACAGACACACCCUCAUGGGACUGGAUGACCAAACCCAUACGUAUGUGAAUACAGUGGGAAUGGAAACAGAUCUUUCUAGCCGCCACUGUGUCCACUCCCUGCCUGAAGUGCGGCCCACCACCUACCCGGAAACCUCAACUACCACCACCAUGCGUGGGGGCCCAGUCCCAGGCCAGCCCAGCUUGCACUGCUGCCCCCUGGACGACCCUCACAAAGACCCUCAGGUCUUCCUCCAGCCUGGAGCCCAGGAGGUGAAGUUCAUGUUGGGUCCAACCCCAGCACAGCGCCACCUAAUUGAAAGAGACAGAGAACGCCACAUCGCUCACCCGCAUCGAGCACCUGACGGUAGCUCUGAGACAGAGGGAGAAGAGUCCGUACACAUGUGCAACACACACUCCUACCACCAUUGCCACCAUUUAAUGCACCGACACCAGAGUAUGGAGCCUUCCCCAGAAAGCCAGCUAACAUAUGAGAAUAUCAAUGGACUUAGAGGGGGACGCAGACAAAGGCUGAGUCCAAGCACCGUUUCUCAGUCGCAGUCGUUGGGCUCCAGUAGCAGUAGCAGCACCACUGGUGAUUCCCGCACACAUGCACAUCCACACUCCCUCCCACUCACGCACACACACGCUUCCUCACUGCCUCCGCAGGCAUACGGAUGUGACCGGGGAAUGGGGGUCGGUGGCCAUCGUCGCACUGCAUUGCUCAACUAUGAGAACCUUCCAUCGCUACCACCAGUUUGGGAAUACCGUGCACUUCAGCGGGAGGAAGAGGAGGAUCAGGGUGAAGAUGAGGAUGAGGACGAGUAUGAGGAGGAAGAGGAGGAAGAGUAUGAUGAGUAUGAGUAUUCAGAAGGACCUGUUACUCCAAACGGAUAUCAUCAGGAAAGUGGCGGCACCGGUGGGAUUCAUCGUGACGCUCUGCAGAACUACGUCAACACUGAACAACUUCAGCCUCCAACACUUCUUCAUCAUUCUUGCCCUCCCCACCCUCACCCACCUGAGAGGGCAAACCGCGUUUUCAACUUCGACUUUAGACGUCAGCGAGGAGGACGUGGCAGCGCCACCUGCGAGCAGCACGGCCGUCACCCACCUCCCCCUCCCUCUCGCCAGCUCAACUACAUCCAGGUGGACCUGGAGGGUGAGCCCUCUGGUUGCUUGGGACAUGGGGGCGGGGUUACAGUUCCGCAGAGACCACCUCCCCUUAAACGUGGCAUGGCUGCUGCCGCCGCAGCUCCCUCCUCUCGGCGUGGAGAAUGCUAUGCCGUGAUUGACCUAAAGAAGACAGCAGCCAUGUCUAACCUGCAAAAAGCUCUCCCUCGGGACGAUGGCACCUCACGAAAGACACGCCACAACAGCACCGACUUGCCUCUGUGAGAGAGAAAGGGAGAGAUAGACAGAGUUACAGGUAUGACAAGAAUAUAACUGAGGGGAAUAAAGGGAAAUAGUAAAGAUAUAGUUCACCCAAAAAUGACAAUUAUGUCACCAUUUACUCUCCCUAAUAUUUCUCCAAUCCCUUCCAUGGAACACAAAAGGAGAUGUUCGGCACAUUGUUAGUCUCAGUCACCAUUAACUUUCAUUGUAUGGAAAAAAGAUGCUGAGAAUAACAAUGUGCCUAACAUCUCAUGUUGUAUUUAACGGAGGAAAGAGAGUCAUAUGGGUUUUAAACAACAUGAGAGUGAGUAAAUUAUGACAGAAUUUUCAAUUUUUGAUGAACUAUCCCUUUAAGGAAAGAGAGUUCUGGUGGUAUUUUCAUCCCACCAUAAUAGUGGAGCCUCGAUUUUCUCAUUUCUACACUUUAUACUCAUACCAACUGCUGCUUGAUGAAAUAGUAACUCCAUUGAGCAUUUUUUUAUUUAUUUAUUCUUACAUUUUGCGUGCGAAAGUUGGGAAAUGAUAGUGUUUUUUGGUUUCUGUCUGGGCUUUGGGCCAAAGAUUUGGGUACAGACAAAAUAUAAUUAAUUCAGGAAGUUUAUCUGCAGUGUUUCUACUUCUUAAAAGUUAAAGUUAAAUGUCUUAAUCCUUUAUUUUAUUUAGUUUUUUGGUUGAAUAUAAUUUUGAGACUAGUUAGUGGAUUAUUUAAAGGUAUAGCUCACCCAAAAAUGAAAAAUCAGUAAUCAUCUACUGAUCUACUCACGUCAUUUGUCUUUUUCCAUUUUUUUUUAUUUUUGGAGAUGUUCCAAGUAUUCGCAACCCCCCUACUUCAUUCCCUUACCCCAGCCAUAACAGUAGACCUACUUUAAACACAAGUAAAAACAAUAAAUACAAAACAUAAUUAUUUAUAAGUUGUAACAAAAAUGUAUUAUAUUCCCUCACUCCCCCAAUGUAACCUAUGGCAAAUAUUUAUUAUCAAUCUAUUUCUGCCUAAAGUACAGUUAGUGUUACUAUAGUUAAUUCAAGGGUGGUGAUGUAGAAUUCUGUGUCAAGUUCAAAUUAUUUCUGCUUCUUGUGCCUUGCUUCUCAGUGAUCCUCGCAAAGCUGCGAGUUAAAGAGCUCAAGCUUUAAGAGCUUUGUGCUUGCGCUGCUCUGUCCAUUGAGCCGUAUCCAUCUACAGAGCCAUACAGGUGCAUUAGCCGAGGUUGUGCCUCCGCCUGUGUAUUUGACGCUGCUAAAUCAGAUACUUAAGAUGCGUCGCUAGACUUCAAAAUCAGAUGGACCGUGCUACAAAUGCAUACCAACCCGUAUAAUUGAAAACCAACUGAUAUACUCCAAGUCCUAUGGGAGGAUUUUCAGGACUAUUUUCAAAACAAAUUGCAAAUUGUUUUUGCAAUUGCGGUUUCUAUUUGCGGAUGCAUAAAUUGUGACAUAAUCCAAAUGCAAUUGCAAAUUGCGUAAUACCAUUUGCAUUUUAUUUUACACAAAUGUACAGUCUGCCAAAUUUCAAUUGAAAAAGCAAAGUCCGUUUGCAAUUGCAUUUCCUAUGUGUUAUGAGUUAUGACCCUGUCAUAUUGAAAAUGCAAUAUUAAUUACCCCGUUUGCUAUUUCAAUUCCUCGACCUCCCGUAUGGAGCCUGCCAAAAUUCAGAUGGAAUCGCAAUUCCCUUUUGCGUUUGCAUUUCCGAUGCCUCACACAGACACCUGUCAAUCAGUAUUGGGGGUGGGAGUUUAUACUGUGGGGCAUGUUUGUAAUUGGAAGUGACAUCAGUCACAGUCGAGUGCAUUUCAGAACACCUGCCGCCUUGCUGUCGAUGACCAAGAACGAGAUGUGCAUUUGUGUACAUUAUUUAAGCUUUCCACUAAGGAUGGGUAUUGAAGCUGAGUGAAGCUCUGAUGUUUUCUGCUGAAUGUUUCGGGAAACGUUUCUAACAGCAAAUGGACUUUGCAUCUCCAAUUGAAAUUUGGCAGACUUUGUAUGUUUGUGUAAAUGAAAAUGCAAACGGUAUUUUGCAAUUGCAUUUGGAUUGUCAAAAUGUAUGUGUCCACAAAUAGAAAACGCAAUUGCAAAUGCAAUUUGUUUUGAAAAUGGUCCUGAAAAUCUUUCCAUACAAGUCUAGAUAAAUGUAUUAAUGCAAAGAGGAACUUGACGAUAGAUUUGAAUAUUAUGACUGAUAAACGCCCCCCAUUUGUAACCUAACGCCCCUCUCUCUACUAAUUUGCUCUCAUCGCCCCCUGGCACCAUUUGAACGCCCCCGUUGAGAACCUCUGGCCUAGUUUAAGAAACAUUUGCAAACGUUUUCGCCUAACCAAGAAAACUAUCACUUAAGCAAAGACAAGCUUUUCAUCACGGUAAAGACACUCAGUCUCUCCUGCUGUCUCUUUCAGUUCCCACGUAUAACUAUGAAGAGGCUGAAACAAGUAUAAGGACAGCUAAUUGUUCAGCAUUUUAAAGCCACCUGAAAAGCAAAGAAUAUCCUGUCCUCAGGAAUUGAUCAAUUCAGUUUGCACUUAUCUUUCUCAAAUUGUAACUGAGCCUUCCCUUAUUUCAUAAUACAUAAUAUAGAGGUAUGGUAAAAUAAAGUUUACAUGAUUAAAAGUAAUUAUUCAGAAUGUUAAAGGAUGUUAUUAGGAAAGAUCCACUGUACUUUUAGAACAGGUUUUGGUGGUUUUACUUGUAGUUAUCUGUUUUUUGACUGCUAAGGUCUAGAUCUCGGCCAUGCAAAACACAUGGCUAAUUGUAGAUCUGAAAAAAUUUAUUAUUGUAAUGAUUAUUCAGUAUCUGCUCAAACUUUGGCUCUUAGCACAAGUCAUUAUUUAUUUCACUACAUCUCUGGCUUUAGUCUUCUCUUGUACUAUCAGAACAAGGUCAGGUAUUAUUGUUUCUCACUUUUUCUAAAACUGAGUCCUUACUCGAAGGGGAAAAGGAGGAAGAUGUUUUAUUCACCAAUUUUAAGCAGACAUUGGCAUUAAAAAGAAUAAAUAUAAUAAAUAUCUCAAAUUAUAAAUAUAAAGAACUCAGCAAUUUAGGAUAUCUAACGAUAGUUCAAGUACAAAGGAAGGAAAAAACACAGGAAGUCUUCAAUAUUAACUGCUAUUCUCACAUCCCCAAUGUGGUAAUGUACCUGAGAGUGACAAUUCUGUGUUAAUCUAAGAGUGUAUUUAUCUACAUCUAUGUUUUGUAAAGCUACGUAAAGCACCAUAUACAGAGGUAAGAUUGUUAAUUAUUUUUUUAUAUCUUAAAAAUAUCAUGCCAGGAAUCAUGAAGUAAAACAUAUUUAUUUCAUUUAAAAUUAUUUAUUUAUCUACCUGUAUGUCUGUCUGUCUAUUUAUUUAUUAUUAUUAUAAUUUUUUAAGUUUUGUAUUCAAACUAUUAUGAAAGCGUUGAUAACAUGUCAUUAGAUUAGUUGAUUUAGAGAUACCAAAGGUGAUAUGUGCGACUACAGAAUCUGCCUUGGUAUUUUUAAGCUUUUUUUUUUUUUUCUUAAACUGUAGUUUAAUGUUGAAUAAUAACUGUAUUUGAACAUUGUGCCAAAAAUAUAAUAAUAUCACUGAACUACGUGCCAUUUGUAAAUUUUAGGGCUAACAAUCAGCAACAUGUAAAAAUGCAGCUGUUCUCUAUAAUUAUAUAAUGAUCAGUUCAGGGCUUGAUAAUAUUUUGUCUACAAGUACACUAAAGUACAAGACAGGUCAGUGUAUUCCUAAUUAAAUCCCAUUGUAUCAUUCCAAAUUAGUUAGUAAGAUUAUAUUUAAUAUUCUUUAACAUGAUCACUCUUUUUCAUUGGAAUUUCAUAAAUCAGCUAUUUUUAUAACACAGUAGUUGAAAAGUUGGUGUUCUUUUAACACAGCCCCAAAAAUUAAUUUAUGUCUCACCAAGAAUGACGAUGUAGCUAUACAUUUCUGAAAAUAAUACAGGUUUGAAAAUGUUGCUGGGAGACCUCCAAGAGCUGAGGUUUUCAUCUUGGUUGCUGGGCAUGGAUAUAGACCCAGUUUUUCAAAAUCUUACUGGCAGUCAUAUUGUCCUGAGUGCAGGGCUUUGUGGGCCUUACUGAAAAUACAUACAUUUUUAGCAGAAAUUUGAGCAUAAUAAUGCUGUUAUUGUAAAAAUAUCGAAUAUUAGAUAAGUUGUCUCAGAAACCAUGUGAUGUAUCGAAUGACAUCACAAUAGAUUUAAAUGUUACAGGAGAAGCCAUAAUUGAAAGAAAAUAUUUUAACGAUCAAGAUGCAUUUACCUUGUUUUCCUUGUUUUUUUUUUUGUGGUUUUUUUUUUUAUGAAAAAUAUUUAGAGAAAUAAAUGUGGUUUAUUUUUUAUCACAAAAAUGUUCAAAUUUAAAACAGACUAUUUCAAAUUUUUAAAAAUGAUUUCAAGUUUAUAAGCUCCUCUUGCUACAUCUUAUACCGAUGUGUUUUAUCAUUGUGACAUUUAAAUUUUGAGAGCCUUGCAGUUCAGUACAAUAUUGCUGCCAAAUAGUAAAUCCAAAUAAAAUCAACAUAUUACACUCACAAUCACAAUGACAUAUAACUAUUGUACUUAAAGAAUGCGAUGAUGAACUAUUUGGACACUUUUAGACACUUUUCAGAGGAUCAAUCUAGUUUUUAACAUCUAUAUUUUGGUAUUGUGAUAUGAUAAACAUUUUGCAAUAACAGCUAAUGGAGUCAUAUCAAAAUUUGUUCGAGGUGUUCUGAACAUGUUCUGUGAUACAAGUCACGGUUUUGUGUGUGACUGGAUCAGCAGUGAGUUUACUGUUUUUCUCAGGCCUCAUCACGAUAAACAUGUGUAUUUUAACCAGGCCUGAGAAAAUAAAUCUAGACCUUUUGUGUGUAGGUGUGGGAUCAUAGAGAACUUCAUUGUGCCAUAAGUGAUUUUAGUCCACUCUUUUAAAAUAAUGUUUAGCUAUAGUGGAAUUUUAAAGGUACAGUAGCACAUACUAACUUGAAUCCUGUGUUGACUUUGAUUGCGUGGGGCCGCUUUGGAGUGUAAAUACUUUUUUUGUUUGUUGGUUUUAUGUUUUUUUUAUUUAAUUUUUUUUAUAUCUUUCAUACUCAUAAACUCGUUCAUAUCAGGGUAAAUCUAAACAGCCCUUUGAUACAUUUACAUUACAUCUUAGACCCAGGUUAACUACACUGAAAUUUUAAUGUGGUGAGCAAUCAUCUGAAAGUACUGUAAAUCCAAAUUUAGCAAGAAGUAUAAGUAUACUGUAAGUACAUUUUCCAUUAAAGGAAUAGUUCACCUCAAAAUCUUCAUUUACUUGGCCUCAUGUUGUUCCAGACCCAUUGUUCUGUGGAACACAAAAAAGAGAUUUUCAUUCAAUGAAAGUGUAAAGUGACUGAUGCUGUCAGUCCCUAACAUUCUUCCUUUUAUGCUCUUCGAAAGAAAUGAAGUCCAACAGAAUUUUCAUUUUUGGGUGAACUAUCCCUUUAAAGGAAUAGUUCACCCAAAAAUGAAAAUUCUCUCAUCAUUUGCUCACACCUAUGCCAUCCCGGAUGUACAAUACAAUUCAAGUGAAUGGGUACCAAAAUUUUGAAGCUCCAAAAAUCACAUAGAUAGAAAUAAAAGUUUGCUCAAAGAUCAAUGUCUUCAGAAGUGUGGGUGAGAAACAAAUCAAUAUUUUAGUCAAUGUUUACUAUAAAUUCUCCUCCCUACUCUUUCACUUUCGCAUUCUUCUUCUUGUGUUUUUGGUGAUUCACAUUUUUCAUGCAUAUCGCCCCCUACUGGGCAAGGAGAAGAAUUUCAGAAAUGGACUUAAAUAUUGAUGUGUUUUCAAUUCUGAAGAUAUGGAUUUAACCACUGGAGUCUUAGAGAUUACUUUUAUGCUGUCUUUAUGUGCUUUUUGGAGUGUCAAAAUUUUAGCACCCAUUCACUUGCAUUGUAUGGACCUACAGAGCUGAAAUAUUCUUCUAAAAAUCUUAAUUUGUGUUCUGCAGAAGAAAGUCAUACACAUCUGGGAUGGCAUGAGGGUGAGUAAAUGAUGAGAGAAUUUUCAUUUUUGGGUGAAAUAUUCCUUUAAGGCAACUAUAAACCUCUUAGUUAUGGAAUAUCACCUCUCAUCAAGUGUUUAUAAUUCUGUUUUUCAUCUUGACUUGGAAUGGUACUUCACUUGAAGAGGGUUAUCCAGUAACCUAAAUGAAAAUUGAAUGACCUGUGCUAUACUGACAGUAGAAUUACAUUGUCAUAACAAAGCUUAGGCGAAGCUUAAUGACUGUGAUGUACUGUACAUUAAUGUGAAUGUGUCUCAAAUGUGUCAAAGAGAGAGAGAGUGAGAGAGAGAGAGAGAGAGAGAGAGAGAGCUGCCCAUGCAUAGACUCUUUACUGGAGACUGCUGUUCUGAAGCUUCUUAAACUGUCAUUCUCUCGAACUGUCUUACUCUCUGUACGAAUGUACCACACAAAGAUGGACUUGUAAAAUGCUCAGAAGAGGUGAUUUACACUCAAUGUUUCUAAAAGAUGUGUUAAUGUUAAUGUUUUGUCUUAAUUUCAAUUCAAUUUUUGGAUUGUUUCUUUAUAUACAGUAUUUACAUUUUAUUGUAAGUAUGUAAUUCUGUGUAUGUACAUAUAUAGGUAUGCAGUUACAGUCAGCUUCUCCUGUGUUCGUUUGUGUUAAUGCAACAGACACUAUACUUUUGCCACAGCCAUUUGUAGAAAGAGCAACAUCUUGACGGUUAUUCUAUUAGAUGGACAUUACAAUCUCUACAAACGGAUCAGAGACCUCCUAUAGUCAGUUGAUGUUGCAGUCGCAACCCUUCCCCAUUCUUACAAUGCAAAGCAGGCAUGCCCCAUGUUGAAUGUUAUUUUCAGUCAUGUAAACUUUUGAAGAGGAAGGCUUGUAUAAUACAAAUAAAUGUGAUUAAAUGUAAUGUCAACAUUAAAAUGGGAAAUGUAAAGAAGUGUUUGCUGUGAUAUGUGUUCGUUUGAACAACAGAAAACUAGAUAGAUAGAUAGAAAUACAGAGAGACAGACAGACUGACCGACAGACAUGGUAGUCCAUGGUUAGGCGACUGUUUGAAUGUCCAACUGCAACGCCUUAUCUUUCUCCCAAGUAUCAAGUAGGGUAGAAAGCAUUGUGUUCAAGUACGGAACUAAACAUCACAAUCCUAACUUUAAACUUUAAA